CAACAACCAUCACCCGCAAUGGCCAAGCGAACGCCCAGAACCGCGCGGCAAGGCCGCCGCGCGGUUCCAAACAAAUCAUCCCAACCCCGGCGCAACCGAACCGGCCCCGCCACCGCCAGCACCGCCGACGACGAAGCCCGCCGCCAAGAACUCGAGGCCAAGAUCGCCGAGUUCCGGCCGUACGUGCCGGGCUCUGGCCCCCCGCCUCCCAAGAUCUCGCUCCUCCCGCCGGUGAACGGCACCACCGGCUACAUCAUCGACCAGAUGCCGCUGCCGCGGCGCGUACCGGGCGGCGAAACACAGGACAUCGCCGUCUACUACAUCGGCUAUGCCGACCGGCCGGGUGAGAGGGCCCUCGUGCCCUAUUUUCAGAUCCUGGAGCAUGUUUCCCCCCGGGAGCUGGAAUGGUGGAAUGAUAAGCUGGAGGAGAGGAGGUCGGUGGUGAGGAGAGAGGAGGAGGAGGAGAGGAGGAUGGUGAAGGAGAGGGAGAGGGAGAGGAGGAGAGAGUUGAGGAGGAGGGUGAGUAUGGUGGAGAAGAGGAUUACCAGGUCGGCGACGAAGAGGCUUGGAAGGGAGAUCAUGGCGGCGAGUUGA